CCCACCGCAUUCCUCUCGCGCGCAAACCAUCCCCCGCCUCCCCCCUGCAACUAACACCUCUCUCCUCCUCUCUCCCCUCCAAGCUCCAUUGCGAUCUCCCACAUUGUGCAGGGAGCUCUGAACACACGCAGAAAUGGCAAACUCCGCGUCUGGUCUGGCGGUGCACGACGACUGCAAGAUCAAGUUCUCGGACCUGAAGGCGAGGCGGAGCUUCAGGUUCAUCGUGUUCAAGAUAGACGAGAAGUCGAUGGAGAUCAAGGUGGAGCGGCUCGGGGAGACCAGCCACGGAUACGAAGAGUUCACCAACAGCCUCCCAGCCGACGAGUGCCGCUACGCCGUCUACGAUCUCGACUUUGUCACCGACGAGAACUGCCAGAAGAGCAAGAUCUUCUUUUUCUCCUGGUCUCCUGACACAGCAAGAACAAGGAGCAAGAUGCUUUAUGCGAGCUCCAAGGACAGGUUCAGGAGGGAGAUGGACGGCAUCCAAUGCGAGAUACAAGCCACCGAUCCUAGCGAAAUGAGCCUUGACAUCAUAAAAAGCCGAGCUCACUAAUCAACCACAAGAACACAUACACCAGCUUCACAGCAUAUAAUCUAUAUAUACACAUGAGCCCAUAUCGGGGUCGUCUUCGACUCACGCUGUGCCAUGGAUUAAUUGGGAUAUCUCUCGGUUAAAGUUACCGUUUAAUUUGUUUUUGUUCCAUCUGCUACAUAUUUCUUUUGGGGGUAUGUUGUUUGAACAGUGGUGCGCAUAUCAUUCCUUAAUUCCAUUGUUUAUUUUC